AUGGAAGAAGAAGUUCACAACCAUAUUGGAGAAGGUGCUGGUAAUCAUGCUGGACAGGAGAGAAGGCUACAUAUUUUCUAUGAAGGUCUGUCACAAGAGUCAAAGAAGGCCUUAGAUCACUCUUUUGGAGGCUCUCUCAACAAGAAAAAGAUGAUUGAAGAGGCUAUAGAUGUCAUAGAAACAGUGGCCAACAAUGAAUAUUUCUAUUCCUCUUAUAGAAGUACCAAUAGAAGGGUGAUGGAGCUGAAUCACAUGGAUACAAUACUAGCUCAAAACAAGAUGAUCACUAAGCAACUAGCAGACCUCACUAAGCAGAUGGAGAGGAGUCAAGCUGCAGCAAUUCAUACUCAACCACCAGCACAAGAAGAGUUGAAUACAGAGGAAGGAGGUGAUUGGGAGCAAUCUCAACCUCCAAUUUCCAAUUCACCAUCUGAGGAUAGAUUAUCCCGGAUUGAAGCCUUGCUUGAAAAUCUUUGCAAGGAGGUUCAAGACAACAAAACAUUCAAGGAUGAAGUAAGGUCUAGCAUGAAAAGUCAAGGAGAGGCCAUCAAGAAGCUUGAAUCUCAAGUGGGAUACCUCUCUCAACAAAUUCUUAAGUCUACUGAUAGCUUCCCAAGUGAUACUGAGAAGAACCCAAGAGGAGAGACAAAGAAUGUGAGAUGGAAAGAAUGCAAAGCGAUCACUCUAAGAGAUGAAGAGAUUCUGGAGGAAAUGAAUUGCAAGCCAUUAGAGCAUAAAUCAGAAGAUUCAAAGAAGAAUUUGGAAGAGACAGAACAAGGAGUUGGCCCUGCACAGAUGAAGGAACCAAUGGAGAAAAAAUUCCUGAAAUUGUAUGUACCAAAGGCACCAUUCCCUCAGAGACUCAGGGGUGGUGAGAAGGAGAAGACAUAUUCUAGAUUCCUAGAUACAUUCAAGUCUCUCCACAUCAACAUUCCUUUCAUUGAAACCCUCCAACAGAUGCCAUCUUACAUCAAAUGCAUGAAGGAAUUGUUAACCAAGAAGACUGCCUUAAAGGGCGGACAAACAGUAGUGAUGAAUAAGGAAAGCAGUGCCCUUAUUCAGAAGGAGUUGCUAGUGCGUGGCAGAAGUUAG